GAGACUGAACAAAUGAAAAGUUGUGGUGAUGAUCGAGGAGAAGGUCAGUCAGAAGGACUGACCUGUCUACGAAAUCUAUCUAGGUACUGCGCAAACCGCGGAAGUGUUUGGCAUGUGACCCACAGCGGCUGGGCAGGCAGCCGUGUCAACAGCUUCAAACGUAGUGAUAAAUUUCCCACGUUCCGUUUGCACUUGGACCUUCCGCGCCUCCUCGAUGCGAACAGUUGCAGCCUGCGUCACCCUCACCGCCACAAACCCCUCAGUCUUGACGUGAAUUGUCGCCGGACCUUCCAACACCAUGUACGUCGCGGGGCCGCUCGUGGUAAGGACUUUGCCCAUAGGACCGGCGGGCUCUGGCCUGUCACCAUCGGCAUCGGCAUCUGGAUAGGAUGUAGUCGAAGACCUGGAAUCAACUCUUUGCCGUUUUCUGCUUCUGCUGCUGCCGGUGUCUUUAGGGUCUCCUGCAUCCUUUGCCGGCGGCCCCUUCUUGAUGCUUUCGAGGCAGCGGAUAAAGUGGAUGUACCACUCGACGUCUUUGCCGGAUUCGAGGUAGGCGUUUGUGAUAUCGAAGACGCGGUUUCCCAAGAUCUUGUGGAUUUCUUCGAAGGCCCCCUCGAAGUCCAUGUCACCGUCCACCGAGGUCUCGUCCUCCGACGUCUCUGGUUGCUUGCCGCUUCCUCCCAUCUUUCGUUUUUGGUCGCACGUUCAGAAGUGCGCUGACGCGGAUGGCUGUAGCGUAUGGUAGAGGUAGGGAAGAAAAUAAAGAGGAGGGUGGGAGAUAACUGCGAGAACUGGAAGUCAC